AUGUCGAGCUCGGCGAGUGGCGUGGCGAUCAUCUCGAGUGGCGAGGUGGAUGCAGCACUUGGCCGGCUCUCACUGUGCUCACUGCUGCGCUCGCAAGCACGCGCGUUUGGCUCGCUCUCGACGGCGCAAUGUCCACCACGCAUGAGCCUGUCGACGCCCGCGCAUACGCAGCUCUUCAUGCCCACACACACAUCCGGUCUUAGCGUGGUCAAGAUCGUCAGCGUCCCGCGUUCGUCUCGCGGCAUUCCCGGUGUCAACCUGGUGUUGGGCGCCGACGGGGCAGUGAGUCACGUGGUGAACUCGACGAGUCUCACGGCGGUGCGCACGGCUGCUGGCUCGGUGCUCAGCACCAUCAUGGCGCUAGGACGAGGAGAGGUGGAGAUGGUGGUGUUUGGUGAUGGUCUUCAGGCGGUACUGCACAUUGCACUGCAUGCGCGAUUCUACACGCUCACCAAGACCAGCGUGGUGGUGGGUCAACACCGCCGCCUCUCGCCCGAAGAGGUGGGGGAAAAGCGCUCCGAGAUGGUUCGACAGCUAGGAGCGUUGGACUGCAAGGUGGAGAUCGAGGUGGUGGUGCGGGUGGAUGAUGUUAGGAGCGCAGUGGAGCGGGCGCAUGUGGUGUGUACCUGCACUCCGUCGCGCAAAGCGCUGUUUGACGAGCAGUGGGUGCGUGGCAGAACUCACGUUUGCGCCGUGGGGUCCUACACCCACCACAUGCGUGAACUGCCAGCGGGGCUCGUCGAGCAGACUGCAACCCAGGGUGCGCUCGUGGUGGAUAGCCUAGAUGCAUGCAGGACCGAAGCGGGAUGCCUCGGCACACUCACCGACGAGCAGUGGGGCAGCGUAAGGCAGAUGGCGGAUCUGCUACCCGACGCCGAGCUGGCGCCCGACGAGUGGAUGCAGCAAGUGCAAGGCAGAUGGGACGUCGACGGCGUGAGUGUGUUCAAGUCGGUCGGUGUGGCUACGCAAGACGCCGAGAUCACCCGUCUCAUCGUCGACACGGCCCAGUGCACGCGGAUGCCCUUCUAG